AUGGCUGCUGCUCUCGCAGAGUUGGUCAUGAAGAAGUUGGCUUCUCUGGCAGCUGACCAGGUAGCCCUCCUCGGGGGUCUUAAAAGUGAGAUUUCGAGACUCCAGAGCACAAUGUCUACCAUUCAGGCUGUUCUGUUGGAUGCAGAGGAACAGUCCGGUCAGAGUCAUCAGAUCCAGGAUUGGAUUAGUCAACUGAAUGAAGUCUUUUAUGACGCCGAGGACUUGUUGGACGAUCUCUCCACUGAAGCUCAAUGGAGGAACCAAAUGGAUGACAAUCACAUUGUGAAUGAGGUAGGCCUAUUCUUCUCAGGUUCCAACCCAGUUGUAUAUGGUUUGAAAUUGGCUCACCAGAUCAAGGGCAUUCGGAGCAAGUUAGAUGAUAUUGCUGAGAGUAGACAUUUUCAUUUAAAUGAACGUCCUGUGGAGUCUACUGCUAAUAACUUGAUUUGGAGGGAAACUGAUUCCUUCAUUCCUGAUGUGGUUGUUGGGAGAGAACAGGAUAAGAAUACCAUUAUAGACAUGGUGUUGCUGUCCAGUUAUGCAGAGAAUGUUGUUGUUGUGCCGAUUACUGGAUUUGGGGGUCUAGGGAAGACAACACUGGCUCAAUUUAUUUAUAACGAUGAGAGGAUAACAUUUGGGUUUGAUCUCAAAAUUUGGGUAUGCGUUUCCAUAAAUUUUGAUGAGAAACUUCUAGUGAAGAAGAUGCUAGAAUCUGUGACAAAAGGUGAAGUCCAAGAUUCCACCUUGGAUGUUUUGAAGUGCAAUCUUCACGAAAAAUUAAAUAACAAGAAGUUCUUGUUGGUCCUGGAUGAUGUUUGGGAUCAUGUUGGCUACAGGAACACUUGGGAUCGCCUAAAGGGGUUUUUGAGGAGCACGGGAUCGGCUGGAAGCAGGGUAAUCGUGACCACGCGCAUUAUGAAUGUGGCGGAGUCAAUGGCAACCAGUGGGUUAAAGCCAUAUGAGCUACACGGUUUACCUGCAGAAAAGUCAUGGCAUUUGUUUGAGCAAAUAGCUUUUGCAGGACCGGUAAGACAGAGUCCAACAUAUAUAGAGGUUGGAGAGGAGAUUGUGAAUAAAUGCAGAGGGGUUCCUUUGGUCAUAAGGACAAUGGCUGGCCUUCUAUCAUGUAAAACAGAUGUGGAUGAUUGGGUAGCAAUAAGAAACAAGCAAGUACUUAUCAACAUAGAUGAUCAAGAGAGAAGAAUGUUGGCAACUCUUCGGUUGAGUUACGAUCACUUGCCUUCCCAUUUGAAGCGUUGUUUCGUUUAUUGCAGUUUAUUUCCAAAAGAUUAUGAGAUUAACGUGAAAACUUUGAUACAACUUUGGAUUGGACAAGGGUAUAUAAACUCAAAUAAAUCAUCAUGUCUUGAAGAUGUCGGUAUUGAAUAUGUCAAGAACUUGUUAUGGAGAUCAUUUUUUCAGGAGUAUCGCAGAGAUCGAUGGGGCAAUAUAAAAUGGUGCAAGAUGCAUGAUUUGAUGCAUGAUUUAGCUGUCACAAUUGCGGGGAAAGAGAUCAUCACCUUGAAUGCCUCAAAUGUAAUGGAUAGCCUCAGCUGCGGCGAUGUCAACCUCGAACGAGUUCGUCACAUAUCACUUGAUUUUGAGAACGAGAUAUGGGAAGUUCCAACUAUCUUAGGUAAAGCCAAGAAAUUGCGAACAUUUUUCCUCAUAAAUGUGCCAUUCACAGGUUUUGAGCUGGAAGACAGAGGAUGUGAGAUGGUUUUCUCAAAUAUGAUUAGGCUGAGAGUUCUUAGUCUCAAUAGAGCUGGAAUGGAGAUUGUCCCGUCUUCCAUUCGUAGAUUGAAACAUCUGAGGUACCUUGACCUUUCUGGGAACAAGAUGCAGACCAUUCCGGAAGAAAUUACAAGACUAAUAAACUUGCAAGUGCUUUCUCUGCAUUGGUGUAAAAAUCUUCGUCAACUUCCAAGAGACACUGAGAAGCUGUGUAAUCUUGCCUACCUUGGUCUAGAUGAUUGUGAGAGUUUGACAAGUAUGCCAGUCGGGAUUGGGAAACUCACUUGCCUGAGAGAAUUAUCUUUAUUCGUAGUGACAGAAGCAGUUGGACUUGACGAAUUGAAGCGAUUGAACAAGCUUAGUGGGGAGCUGUAUAUUAGAAGGCUGGAACGGGUGAAGGAUAAAUCUGAAGCGCAAGCAGCCAAAUUAGAGGAGAAAUCAGAACUGCGAAAGUUAACACUAAGUUGGAGUAGCUCAGCAGAACGCGAGGAGAAGAAUGCGGCUAGAAGUUCUGAUCAUGAGAGGUCAAUAUUGGAAGCGCUGCAGCCGCAUACCAAUUUAAAGAAGAUUAAGUUCUUGCAUUAUGGUGGGACGUGUCUUCUGACGAGCUGGUUCACUUCUCUCAGGAAUUUGGUUGGGAUCUCGGUAAUUCAGUGUGAUAAACUGCGGGUUCUGCCAUCCUUGGAUACUUUUGUUUCUCUUGAAAAACUGGCAUUGUCUGUGUUAGACAGAUUAGAGUACAUACAGAGUGGGAUGAAGGUACCAUCAUCUUCACCGUCGCUUGCUUCAAAUAAUAAGAAUAGUAAUGAUUCUCAAUUUCUUCCUUCCAUCAGGUCUCUUGCGAUCUACGAUUGCUGUAACCUAAUAGGCUGGUCGCCUACGAACACAAAGUCGCCUUUCCUGGCCCGGGUUACUGAUUUGGUGAUUCGUAGCUGCCCAAAAAUGAUUUUGGUUCCAUGCUUUGCGGUGCAAUUUGAGGAUGUGAGGUUAAUGUAUGUGAGCAGUGAGCUGCUGAGUGCAUUCAGUGCCUCUCUAAUUUCUCCUCCCCAAACGCGCACUCGAUUCCGAUCUCUAGCUCUCGUAGCCGUGAAAGGUCUACGAGUUGUGCCACAAGAUUUGUUGCCGCAACUUGCUUCUCUUGAAAGCCUACGCAUAUUGUAUUGCCAUGACUUGAUUGCUCUGACUCCAGCUAUCCUGCAACAUCUCCCUUCCCUCCAGGAGCUUUCGAUAUAUGAUUGUGGAGCUUUGGAGUUGGAGGACUGCAACGGGAAUGAUGAGAAUGACAUGGCACUCCCUGUCCUUCCAAACCUUCGCAUCCUCUAUGUCUUUCGGGUUCCUAAGUUGGUGAAGCUGCCGAGGUGGCUUCAGCAUUGCUCGAACUUGCAAAAGCUGCAGAUAUCGAGUUGUCAUAACCUCAUGUGUUUACCAAGCUGGCUCACAAAGCUCACUGCCCUGGAGUCUUUGGAGGUAUAUGGCUGCGAUAUUCUAUCAGGAAGAUGCAGCAGUGGGAGCACGGCUGAGGAUUGGCCGAAAGUAUCUCACAUCCCAAAUAUCAAUAUCGAUCAUGUACAGAUUCAAGAGGAUGGCUGCUACAAGGGAGUGGAAAAUGGAGGAGGGUGGGAACGGCUACUACUGCAAUAUAUGCUGGAAGAAGAAGCACGACUAUUGCAACAAAGGGAAAUAGAUACAUCCUCACGCACCCAAUUCUCAAGGAUGUUAGCAAAUUGCGUGGGGAGACUGAGUUGCAACUUGUUCCAGAGAUGUUUUCUAUCCUGAGCUACCCUGACAAUAGCAUUGCCCCUUGUGAUUCUACUACUUUAACGAUGAAGAAGACUAAGCCUCUGACUCUUAGGUGAGUUUAAAGUUUGUAACUUUUUAAUAUUUACUUUUCACAUACAUUAAGUAGAGUAUAUGGAGGAAUAAUAACUUUUUAUGUAUUCGUUAAAUAAACAUAUUAAUGAAGUCUUUCACAGUUUGGCCAUA